UCAUACAGAUCAACUUAAGGUUCGUAGCGGCGGCCGAGUAGAAACCCUAGUUCUUGUGUUGAGCGGCAGAGCGACAUGGCGGAAGACGGUGACGUAGAGACACCCAUAAUCAGAGACAUAAGGAGAUAUGUCUGCCAGUUUUGUGGAAUCAGCAGAUCCAAGAAGUAUCUCAUAACCAAUCACAUCCUAUCGGAACACCAGAUGGAAAUGCACGAGAAGGAGGAAAUUGAAGCUAGUGAAGAAGAAGAAGAAGAGGAUUCAAAUGGCAAGAACAUUUGCCCAGAGUGUGGCGCUUGUUUCAAGAAACCUGCUCACUUGAAGCAGCACAUGCAGAGCCAUUCAGACGAGAGACUCUUUAAGUGCUCUGUUGAUGACUGCACUGCCAGCUUUAGGAGAAAGGAUCAUCUCAAUCGCCAUAUUCUUUCCCAUAAAGGGAAGCUCUUCAAGUGUCCGGUGGAGGGUUGUAGUAGUGAAUUCUCUGUACAGAGCAAUAUCAAAAGACACGUUAAACAAUUUCAUGAGAAAACUGAUGGUUGUAAUGAUGAUGGUGAUCAUGCCCAAGACGAGUCUGCUAGUAGUCAGAAGCAGCAUGUCUGCCAAGAGAUUGGUUGUGGAAAGGCGUUUAGGUAUCCAUCAAAGUUACAAAAGCAUCAGGAUUCUCAUGUGAAACUGGAUUCUGUGGAGGCAUUUUGUUCAGAGCCAGGUUGUAUGAAGUACUUCACGAACGAGGAAUGUCUCAAGGCCCACGUAAGAUCUUGCCAUCAGUAUAUCAACUGCGAGAUUUGUGGUUCGAAACAUUUGAAGAGAAACAUCAAGAGACAUUUACGCACCCACGAGAAAGAUUCUUCAACCCAAGAAUUCAAAUGCGAAUUCGACGGCUGUUCCAUGACAUUCUCAAAGGUAUCUAACCUGCGGACACAUAUGAAAGCCGUGCAUGAGGAUGUCCGGCCAUUCAUAUGCGGCUUCCCCGGCUGUGGCAUGAGAUUUGCGUACAAGCAUGUCAGAAACAAUCACGAGGCUUCUGGCAGCCAUACGUAUGCUUGUGGAGAUUUUGUGGAGUAUGAUGAACAAUUCAGGUCAAGGGCGAGAGGUGGAGUGAAGAGGAAACAAGUAACAGCAGAGAUGCUGGUAAGAAAGCGGGUCAUGCCACCUCAGUUUGAUGCCGAAGAAGAUGAACAACACUCUUAGUUCCCUUUUUUUUGGUUUGUUUGCUGGGUACAUUUAAUAUACACGGAAUGUAGCAUUGGGGAUAGGGUUUGUAAAUGUGAUGUGAUAUAUAUAUAUAUAUAUCCUAGUGUGUUGAUUUGUUCUACCAACUAGUGUUGUAGUGUGGAAAUAUUCAAAUUCCAACUCGGUGACUCUUUGAAAUUCAUUUUUUUGUUAUC